AUGUUGACGAGACUGUUCAGCGAGCCCAGCUUGAUCCCCGAGGUGCAGAAAUUCUCCAGUUGGGCCGACGACUGCGAAGACGAUGAGAGGCCCGAGAAAGAGGAGCGCAAAGGUAAAAGCUGCCCCCUCCAGGAGGAGCAGACGGAAGGGUCCCUGGGCGAAAACAAAGAGGAAGGCGACAUAGGAGGCGACGAGGAGGAGGAAGAAGAGGAAGAGGAAGGCCUGGAGGAGGCCGAAGGCGAUCGGCCCAAGAAACGCGGGCCUAAAAAGCGCAAGAUGACCAAGGCCAGGCUGGAGCGCUCCAAACUGCGACGCCAGAAAGCCAACGCGCGGGAGCGCAACCGCAUGCACGACCUGAACGCGGCGCUGGACAACCUGCGCAAGGUCGUGCCCUGCUACUCCAAGACUCAGAAACUGUCCAAAAUCGAGACGCUCCGGCUGGCUAAGAACUAUAUCUGGGCUCUCUCCGAGAUCCUGCGCUCGGGCAAGCGGCCCGACCUGGUCUCCUACGUGCAGACUUUGUGCAAAGGCUUGUCCCAACCCACCACCAACUUGGUGGCCGGCUGCCUCCAGCUCAACUCGCGGAAUUUUCUCACGGAGCAGGGCCAGGAGGCCGGGAGGUACCACGGGCCCAACUCUUCCUUUGCCAUGCACCCUUACACCUACCAGUGCUCGCGGCUGUCCGGCGCGCAGUGUCAGUCCAGCACCAUGGCCAGCUCCCAUGCCCUGAGGACACACGCGUACUGCGCCACCUAUGAGACCCUGUACGGGAACGCGUCUCCAGACUACAACAGCUCUGAGUACGACGGCCCCCUGAGCCCUCCACUGUGCAUUAAUGGCAAUUUUUCCCUCAAGCAAGACUCUUCCCCGGAUCACGAGAAAAAUUACCACUACUCUAUGCACUACUCGGCCCUCCCCAGCUCCCGCCCUUCCGGCCACAACUUGGUCUUUGGCUCCUCGGGGAUGCGCGGUGGAGUCCACUCCGAGAACAUCUUGCCUUACGAUAUGCAUCUCCACCACGAGCGAGGCCCCAUGUACGAGGAGCUCAACGCGUUUUUCCAUAAUUAA